AUGCCUUUGAAGAUCGAAACGCUGACACUUAAUGACUCGGUAGAGCAGUACGUGAACAAAAGCAUAGUUCCAGAGGCUCAGCAGAUAUGUGAUGAUGUUGUGCUGCUUUGGAAGGAGGAGCCCUCUACGGAAGAUCUUGAAAUAGACGGUCUGUUUGAAAGGAUUAUCCUGCGACAUCCAGAAUGGAGAAUCACCCAGCACACGCUAUUACAUACACUCACCAAGCACAACCUUUAUGCGACAGAUGAAGCCGAGCUCGAGACGUAUUGCUCGCAGGUAGAGCUUCCUAACGUCUCGGAGGUUCUGAAGGACUUGGGAUUGCCCAAGAAUAUCGAGCUCAGAGCUGCUGGAAAUGGCAGAGGGCGUGGUUUGUUUGCCAAACACGAGAUCCAGCAGGGUGAAUUGAUUUCGGCUGAGUCGAUGCCCUUGGUGACGAUUCCGCCAAUCGAAAAGCUCACUUUGAUGCAAGCCGGUAAAGUCUGUUCACUUUGCGGAAAUUCUCUGGGCCACAGUGAUCAUUUUAUCAUGAUGAAUGGACUGGACUGCAACGGAUGUCGCUCAGUCUGGUGCAAUCGUAAUUGUAAGAAACGAGACUUAACACAUGCUGCUCUGAAACAUGUCAAAGCUAGGAAUCAAGCUAUCAGCGGCUCAGGGUGGGCAAAAUUUGAGAAGUUUUGCAUGGAUAACGUAUUUGUGGCGGCAUACUCUGUUGGUAUCAUUUACGCUAGCAGUCUCGUUGGUAAGGACGAUAUCUUGAAACGGUUUGCUCCUCUUGCCCAGGUUUCGCAAAGGUUAAGGAACCGUGUAAGCGAUUCAACAAACGUUGGUGGUACUUUCGACGCUUCAAGUGGUGCUGUGGGUACUAGCGACCCAGAACCUAUUUGGGAGAGAGCUUAUGAGCUUUUUAAAGAAGCAUUCCCAAAAAGUGCAGAAAUCGAUCUGGACAAGUUUCUCAUAUAUGUCGGGAAAUUCAACCUCAAUCAAGUAGCGGGUCAGAUUUAUCCCUUGUAUGCCUUUAUCAACCACGACUGUGAGCCAAAUGUGCGUUACGAGAUUGACGACAAGCUGCGGUUGAAAGUCUAUGCAAGAAAAAUCAUCAAGGCCGGCGAUGAACUGUUCACGACCUAUGUAAAUCCACUUCACGGCGUCAAGCUAAGAAGGCGAGAAUUGAGAGUAAACUGGGGGUUCCUAUGUCAAUGUAAUAGAUGCAAUAAGGAACUUUCCCAGCGCACGGUUAAGAUGCGUGCCGCGCAGUUUUCGCUCCCCUCUCACAGCUUUGCUGACCAAUCCAGACGUAGGUCAUCCAUGAGAAACGCCCGGCCUGACCUUACUGAUUUACUAAAGAAUGGACAAGAGUUCGAUUUGGAGAUCCCAGAUAAUGUUGGGAUCUCGCACAGGCGGCGGACUUCUGUCAGAUUUGACAAUAAUGUGACAGUGGCUGUGGAAGAAUAA